ACAAUGCCAACUUAAUGAAGGGAAAAUGAAGGGAAUUUUAUAAUUUCAUGGUUGGUAUGCAUGUAAUGGCCUUGAUAAUGUAUGAUGCAAUGCUUUUAGUACGUGUUUGACUUCUUAUGAGUGAUUGUGCUUCUACAAUGACCGAUCGAAAUUGUAAUCGCUAUGACUCAUCAAAUCUGAACUGUAUACGGUUGACGGACUUGACCCUGCAAGAAGCCAUUGAUAUUUUGGAGUGUGAUGAUGCAGAUGAUGUCCAGGGUAUUUUCAUUGAGCCACCCGCACCCAACAUUGAUACUGAUGAGGACUCGGGGGAUGAGGAUGGGGGAGGAUAUGUUGAUAAUCUCACAGGACGACAGUUAACUAGUCAAGUUGAAGUUGUAACAAAUAGCAGAAAUGAUACAUCAGUUCUUGAUAAUACUUUCGAAGAUUUGAGCAGUUCUACUGUAGUAAAAAAUAGUAAAAAGUUGAAGAAAGAAGAUUGGAAAGAUGAAGAUUUGCCACAGAAGGAUGUUUUUUUCCAGAGCCAAAUUAUGUACCUUAUCGGGAUAAGUCUCCAGUUGAAUUAUUUGAAAUGUUUUUUGAUGACGAAAUAAUAAAGCUAUUCAUAGAUGAAUCAUUGAAGUAUGCUCUUUUCAAGAAUUGUAAAGAUCCAAAAAUCACGUCAAAAGAAUUGGAAGUAUUUCUUGCUAUUUUAUUCCUAUCUGGCUACAAUCAGCUUCCGAGUAAACGAUCUUAUUGGGAUGGAAAGAAAGAUAUGAGAAAUGAGAUGGUUGUGGAUUCUAUGAGACGAGACAGGUUUUUAGAAAUUUGUCGUUUUCUUCAUUGUCAAGACAACAACAAUAUUAACAGAAAUGAUAAAAUGUGGAAGCUGAGGCCACUGAUGAACUUACUGCAGAAGAAGUGUAUUGCUCAUUUUCAGCCUGAGGAGAACCUUUCAUUUGAUGAGUCUAUGGUAGCUUACUUUGGUAAACACUCCUGCAAGCAAUUUAUCAGGGGGAAGCCUAUCAGAUUUGGUUACAAAGUCUGGUGUCUGAAUACAGUGUCUGGAUAUUUGAUCAAUUUUGAAAUUUAUCAGGGAAAAAAUCCAUUUGGUAAUGAGGUUUAUGAAAAAGAAUUCGGUAAAUGUGC